AUGGAAGAACACAAUUCCACAAAUGAGUGCACUGGUGGACUCCGAGAGAGGUCUCACAGCUGCCCUACAUUGAAUGAAGAAGAUGACUCGGCUAGUAGAGUACACUUUGCCAGUCAUCUAAAGCGACGGAGAAACCUGAAACCAGGCGACCAUAUCUACGUGUACCGAGUCCUCCAUUUAUACCAGCACCACGGUAUCUACACAGGGGAGGAGGAAGAAGGAGAGGUCAUUCACGUCAGUGGACAAAGAUUCAGCAAAACUUUGGCUACUGUCACCUCCAGCAGUUUAUCAGAGUUCCUUAAUGGUGGACUGCUACAUCUGGUCUCCUAUAACGAUCCACACACAAAACUCAAAAUACGAGGAACUUGUCACACGAGUUGCAGCAGACCAGCUGAAGAUGUGGUGAGCACAGCAAAGGAAUUCUUAAAUAAUUCCGGGAGCUGGGGCAAAUAUAAUUUAGCGUAUCGGAACUGUGAAACGUUUGCUUACUACUGCAAGACAGGGGCAGAAUCUUUGAUCGUUAACUCCAGCAUCAACGAUAAUGAUCUUCGGGAAUUCGUGAUAAGUAACAGAGUUCAAAGUACGGGACCAUUGGCCAGACGUAUACUACCUCGUCGGGACAGUUCAAACGAUGACAAAGAAGAUAAAUGA